AUGUUUUGUGGGGCAAGCCGUUCUUUAGAAGAUGUAAUUAAUGAAAAUCGUUUUUUUCGAUAUACUUCAUAUUAUGAACUGCAUAUUACACAUAAAGAUCCUGAUACACCAACAAUUGUGUUACAUUUUACAGACGGAAGCAAAACAGUGGCAACAAUUCAACAGUUAUUAGACAAAAAAUAUACAAAAAUUCAGUUAAGAAUCCAAACUGAUAUAAAACAACUCAUAAUAGAGAUCGAUGAUGAGAAAAAAGAAUAUGAAUGGCGAAAACUUUUACAGGGCGAUGCGGAAUCAAGAAAAUUAUCAAUUGUUGUAUCUUGUAGUUUAUGUCAUACAAAAGUUUAUACAGUAUUGGGCGCAGAUCCAUAUUUGCCUGAAACAGCAUUGUCUAAGGAAGAGUUGAAUAAUAUGUUAACAAACUGUCGAUUAACAUUACAGGCUCAAAAAGAAAAAUGA